GUGUGUGGAGCUGGAUUGCUGGGAUGGUAAAGGUGAAGAUCAGGAGCCCAUCAUCACUCACGGGAAGGCCAUGUGCACCGACAUCCUGUUCAAGGAUGUAAUUCAAGCCAUAAGGGAAACGGCGUUCGUGACCUCUGAGUAUCCCGUAAUUCUGUCCUUUGAGAACCACUGCUGUAAGCCGCAGCAGUAUAAGAUGGCGAAGUACUGCGAGGAGAUCUUUGGCGAUCUGUUGCUGAAGCAGCCGCUGGAGGGAUUCCCGCUGGAGGCCGGUCAGCAGCUGCCGUCACCCAACGACCUCAGACGGAAAAUCCUCAUCAAAAACAAGCGCUUAAAACCUGAAGUGGAGCAGAAGCAGCUGGAGUCAUUCAAGAAGCACAUGGAGGCUGGAGAGAUCAGCAUACCGGCUGGAGAAGACGAGAACGAGGAGGAUCUGGACAGCGCACUGGACGGUAAGGAGGUGAGCUCAGAGCUGAAGGCUGGUCUCCUACAGUGUGUGUCGGAGGAUCAGGACGCUCCAGACAGCAGCUUCAGGAGGAAGAUCACAGAUGACGACGCCACCGAGAUCUCAGAGGUCACAGAAAUCACAGACGCCACAGACGUGUCCGAAGCGUCCGACAUCGAGUCCAAGAAGAAGGGUGUGGAAUCGUCUGAAGAUGCGGAUGCCGAACAGCAGCUCAUCGCCUCCUAUAAGUAUGAAGGAGCGACGACGAACAUCCACCCGUAUCUGUCAGCCAUGGUGAACUACGCCCAGCCCGUCAAGUUCCAGAGCUUCGAGGUGGCGGAGGGUCAGUCAGAAUCGCAGACGCGCAGCUACAACAAGCGGCAGAUGAGCCGCAUUUACCCCAAAGGAGGCCGAGUGGACUCCAGCAAUUACAUGCCUCAGAUCUUCUGGAACGCCGGAUGCCAGAUGGUGUCGCUCAACUUCCAGACUCCAGAUCUGGGCAUGCAGCUGAAUCAGGGGAAGUUCGAGUAUAAUGGCGCGUGCGGGUAUUUGCUGAAGCCAGAUUUCAUGCGGCGUGGGGACCGAAUGUGACCCUUCUCUGAGACGCCGGUGGACGGAGUGAUCGCAGCAACCUGCAGCGUACAGGUGUUUUCAGGUCAGUUCUUAUCAGAUAAAAAGAUCGGCACGUAUGUGGAAGUGGACAUGUACGGCCUUCCCACCGACACCAUCCGCAAAGAGUUCCGCACACGCAUGGUGAUGAACAACGGCCUGAACCCGUACUACAACGAGGAGCCCUUCGUCUUCCGCAAGGUGAUUCUGCCGGAUCUGGCCGUGUUGCGGAUCGCAGUGUUCGACGACAACAGUAAGCUGAUUGGUCAGCGGCUCCUGCCUCUGGACGGCCUGCAGGCGGGAUACAGACACAUCUCACUGCGCAACGAGGGGAACAAACCGCUCUCACUGCCCACCGUGUUCUGCAACAUCGUGCUCAAAACUUAUGUGCCCGACGGCUUUGGCGCCAUCGUUGAUGCACUGUCUGAUCCAAAGAAGUUCCUCACCAUCGCUGAGAAACGAGCAGAUCAGAUGAGGGCGCUCGGCAUCGAGACGAGUGACAUCGCAGACGUGCCCAAUGAGAGCUCUAAGAGUGAUAAGAAGAGUAAAGUGAGUCAGGUGAAGAGCAGCGUGACGCCGCAGAGCAGCGCAGAGACCAACAACACACACAACAACACCAACGACACCAGAGGUGAUCAUUCUGUGGUCAAUCAGGUGAACAUCGAAGACUUAAAGCAGAUGAAGACCUUCAUUAAACUGCUGAAGAAGCAGCAGAAGGAGCUGAACACGCUAAAGAAACGUCACGCUAAGGAACACAACGCCAUGCAGAAAUCCCACUGCACACAGGUGGACAAACUGGUGGCUCAGCACGACAAGGAGAAGAACACCCUGGAGAAACUGCUGGAGAAGGCCAUCAAGAAGAGAGGAGAGACUAACUGCUCUGAGUUGAAGAAGGAGACGGCGGUGAAAAUUGAAACUCU